ACAAUUUCUUUCUUACAAGACUCGCAUCUGUUAUAGAGUUUAGUUUGUUUCUAACUUCAAGCAAUCAAACAUCAAAACAGAAAAAAAGGGUUAACUUUGUAAUUUUAGAUCAAACAUUUAAAGAAUUGCUAUUUAUAUAGACUGGUGCAUUGGCCACAUCGAAUUUGUACGCAUAUAUAAACAACAUCCGCCUCCCCAACAAAAUCAAAGCUACUCUCUCUCUUUUUGCACAAUGGAGUUGUCGACAAGUCCAAAAACAUCUCUGGUAAUGGAUACUAUCUUAGUAGUUGGUCUUUUGCUCUGUCUUUGUACAAAUGGAGUUGAUAGCAGAAAACGUCCCAAAUUAGCCUGUUUUGAGUAUGCAGCUAUAAGUUGCAGGGCUCAUGAGGCAUCAUUGGAAGAUUUUGGGGGAGUUGGUGAUGGACAGACUUCAAAUACUAAAGCUUUUCAAGCUGCAAUUGAUCACCUUAGCCAGUUUUCUUAUGAUGGCGGAUCCCAACUUUAUGUUCCUCCGGGAAAAUGGUUGACUGGAAGUUUCAAUCUCACUAGUCAUUUUACUCUCUUUCUUGACAAGGAUGCUGUUCUUCUUGCUUCUCAGGAUGAGAGUGAAUGGCCUGUGAUUGAACCGUUGCCAUCCUAUGGUAGAGGAAGGGAUACAGAAGGUGGAAGAUACAGCAGUCUCAUUUUCGGAACAAACCUUACUGAUGUUGUAAUAACAGGAGCCAAUGGCACUAUUGAUGGUCAGGGCGAUCUCUGGUGGAAAAAGUUUCAUAAUGGAGAGAUAAAUUACACCAGGCCUUACCUGAUAGAAAUCAUGUACUCGAAUAACAUUCAAAUAUCCAACCUUACGUUGAUGAACUCUCCAUCAUGGAAUAUACAUCCUACUUAUAGCAGCAAUGUUGUUGUUCAAGGCAUAACAAUUCUUGCACCAGUGAAUUCCCCAAAUACUGAUGGGAUCAACCCAGACUCAUGCACAAACACCAGAAUUGAGGACUGUUACAUUGUCUCUGGAGAUGAUUGUGUGGCUGUUAAGAGUGGCUGGGAUGAGUAUGGUAUUUCUUUUGGGAUGCCUACUAAGCAGCUAGUAAUCAGAAGGCUCACUUGCAUUUCUCCGACCAGUGCAGCAAUUGCACUGGGGAGCGAGAUGUCUGGUGGGAUACAAGAUGUGAGGGCAGAAGACAUCACUUGUAUAAAUACAGAAUCAGGUGUUAGAAUCAAAACUUCUGUAGGACGAGGAGGUUAUGUAAAGGAUAUCUAUGUAAGAAAAAUGACAAUGCACACAAUGAAAUGGGUGUUUUGGAUGACAGGAAAUUAUGGAUCUCAUCCUGAUAAUAACUAUGAUCCUAAUGCAAUUCCAGUGAUUGAGAACAUCAACUAUCGUGACAUUGUGGCUGAGAAUGUAACAAUGGCAGCUAGACUGGAGGGUAUUGCUGGUGACCCCUUCACUGGCAUUUGCAUAUCCAAUGUAACCAUUGGACUCGCGCAAAAGCCAAAGAAGCUUCAAUGGAAUUGCACUGACAUUGCAGGAAUAUCAAGUGGUGUGACCCCAAAACCUUGUAGUCUGCUCCCAGAGCAGGAGAAAGAGAAGAUCGCAGACUGCAAUUUUCCUGAAGAUAGCCUGCCAAUCGAGAAUAUUGAAGUCAAGAUGUGCUCUUCCAGUAGGAAAUAUUUGUGACUUGGAAAAAAGUUUCUGUAUAGCACUUGUUUUCUAUAUGUACUAGUUACACUUUAGUGCGAAUUUACUUCAUACUAUUUGAGGCCAUUAUAAUGAUCUCAAGAUAUGUAUGCAUAAAACUCCAUCUCAGAUGAUUGCUUUGUCCAAAAUUCUUCAAACAUUGAAACGCAGUUCAAUUUCGAAUA